AUGAAUUUAGAUAAGGAUUGCAUAAUCAUUUUAGAUGAAAAAGAAGAAAUACCUUUACAAGUAGAAAUACAAGAUUUGAAUACUAAAUAAUACCUAUGUCAGCCUCUAACGACUGAUAAAGUUGAUCUCACAAUGUACAUUUCUAGAUAUCAACAAAAUUAACUUUAAAAAAGAAUAGAUGAGUUAACAAAAAUUAUAGAGAUAGCUAACCAGAAGAAUGGUGAACUAGAUCAAACUUAAAUGAUUUAAAAUCUACCUGAUAUUAUUUUUGGUCCAAAGUAGCUCUAAACAAAUUCAGGGCAAUAUGAGUUUCGCAAAAAAUUUUGUAAGGAAAACGAAGAAUAAAAAUAGUAAUCAAAUCAAAAAUCAAAUGUCUCAAUAUUAAUUUAUCAAGGAGAAACCUAUAAGAGUUUAUGUCAAUAAAUUUAUUAAUAUAACAAGGAUAGCACGAAAAUAACACCUAUUGUAUUAAUCAAUGGUAAAACAGCAUUUAAGAAGCUAAUGAGAUCUGAUGAGAAUCUAUUUUUAAACUUUUAUUAAUUUAAGUACCUUCCAUUCCAAUAAAAGUUUGAGACUUCUAAUCACCAUAGUUUGUAUUUCCAAAUAGAAGAUGAUAAUACUAAGAAAACAGUGUAUUAUUUUGUAUUUCCAUAAGAAUUAAAUAAGUUAGAUUUAAUAAAAUUUAUCUAUUAAGGGAUUUUAAGGUUUAUUUAGCCAAAAUUUGCUGCAAUAGCCCCAAGUAAUGUGACUUAUCUUUAAAACAUAAAUGUAUUAUAGCUUUUUAAAAUAUUGGAAGAAGACAAUAAAUAUUUUGGAGUUUAAUCUUUAAAGAAAAUUGGUUACAAAGGGAGUUUUUAAGAUAAUUUCUUAGGAGAUUUUACAGAUAUUUCACUUAAUCUAGAUUGUAUGUUUAGGUUAAAAUAAUUCCAUGAUCCCCUCUCUUGUAUUUAUAUGUGGGAAAGAAUAGAAAAUUUUAUAGAGGAUUAUGUAAAUAGAAUUACUAAAGAGUACUCUUUGAAUAUGUGGGCAGUUGGAUAUAAUGCAAUUUUACCUAAACUCAUGCUUGAAGUUGCAAAUUAAGAAUUAAAGAUUAUCCCAAAAUAAAUUAGUGUUUAAUAAUUUAAUUAGAAUUAAUUUGAAACCGUAUUUAAUUAAUUUUGUGAGCUCAAAUAAAAUAUCAACUAUUAACUGAAGAAGUGCAGAUUUGGAUCUUGUAGGAAUUUGUUUUAAUGGUUCAUAUCAAAAGUCAUAUUCCUCUAAAGUUACUUCGCAAUUUCCAUCUGUUUCUUUUUCUCAUUUUAAUGUCCUUAUUAAGUAGUCUAUAAUUAUUUGGGGGAUUCAGUUGGAUAUACUGCAAUAACUAUUUUCCUACCUUUUUUUUAUGCCAUUAAUGUCUUGCUAUUUCUACUGCUCACAUAAUUAUACCAUCUUCAAGACAAAAUUAUUGAGAAGAAUUAAAACAAAGAAAUAGCCCUAAUAGGAAAAAAGGAUGAGGAGUAAUAAAGCUUUGACUUUUAGGCUGUCGUACAAUCUCAAAAUAUUGAUUUUAUGUACUAUAAAAAAUAAAAAGAACGAUAUUAAAUUAAAGUAGAACUCUAAGAAGACGAAUAUUGUAAGGAUGUCUCUUAUUCUAUGAAAGAUGAUUUAUUAAAAAACGAAAUAUUUUUAGUGUAUUAAUUCCCUUAGUUGAAAUACAUAAGUAGUUGCGUCAACAUUAUAAUUGAAAUUUAGAAUUAUUUAGAUUUUGCAGUUGUACUUUUUAUUCUUGCUAAUUUAAUCCUCAUACAUGGUGAAUAGGCACUCAAUGAGUAAUCUUUAUAAGAAUUAAUAUUAAUAGCAUCGGCGAUUUUUGUGAUAUUAUUCCAUUUCAUUACUUAAGGAUCAGGAAUAUUUCGCUUGAUAUUUAAGUUCUCGUUAUUAUCAUACUUUUGGCAUUUUUUAAAGCUACCUAAAAGCAAUAGUCCAGCUAUUUAGAGAACUGACUAAAAAAAAUAGCUUGGAUCUUAAUUAUUUUUAAAUUUUGUUCUAUUUUAUGCUUUUAUUUCAAUCGAGUCCUACUACAAUUAUUCUGGAUAUAUAUUGAUUGGAAUUUUCGCAUACUUAUCGAUUGUAUAUUUACUUACGGGUUUGUUUAAAUGUAUUUCAAAUUGUUUUUAUAAUGCUUCCAUUCCAAAAGAUUUAUCUGAAAUAAUCGAAGUGAAACAAUUCAAUAGUUUAAAAUUUUAAGCCGAUAACUAAAACACACUUAUUGGAAAAACAAGGUAACUUAUUGGCGAAAAGGUUAAAAACGAUAAUAAGCAUUAAGAAGAACUGAGAAUAACAUAAUUUCUCAAGAAUAAUGCUGAUAUAAUGAAUUUAGCAAACACUAUAAAAAUCAAAGUUCAAGAAGAUCUCUAAUCAUAAAAUCUAAAAAUGAAUGACAUAUAAUUAGUCACUACAUAAAUCGAACUAGCAAUAAAAAAAUAUUGUAAUCAAAAUAAUUAGUAAUAAGUGCAACCAAAGCAAAAUGAAAUUAUUUAAAACAUAAUUUAGAAUUAAUAAAUGCAAAGCUAAUAAUUGUAGAAGGUUUCAAAUAUAAAUAGUGAAUUGAAAGGGGAUAAUUCUAAAUUUUCAAAUUAAUCUUCAUAAGUCAAUUAAUUUUUAUAAAGCAAUAAAAAUAUGACUUCAAUACUCAAUGAGAAUAAUAAAUUAAAUUCAUAGAUUAACUAGAAUGACAUUGAUGGUCAAAAAUUUAGAUAAAAGAAAAAUUGA